GUUAACUGUUGUGCCAUUGAAUAUUGCUUAUGUUGCUUUUUUUUUGUUUUCAUCGACAUUUUUUUCUGAAUAAUCAAAACUGAAUUACAAAAAUAACAUCAUAACUAAUGGACGUUGAUCUUUUUUCUAGUCCCGAUAAAAAUAAUUAUCGAUCUAUCAAUACACGGACACCGGGAUCGAGUGCGAAAAAACGGAAUCUUAGAUCACUAUUCAAGCAACAAUCACAAAUAAAAUCCCCACAAUGGUUCAACAACUAUCGUGAUAGAUGUUUGAAUGAAUGGCAUAACCGAAAUGAGGAAAAGCGAACAAAUCUGUUUAAUCGAUUUCGAAAAAUUCGAUUGGACGAAGAUUCUGGUGUUGAUCAAAAAGUUUCCAUCCAACAAAUGAUGAAUGAUAUUUGGAUUGAAAUGAAUGGUUCAACUAUCGAUCACGAUGAAAUGAUUGAAUAUUAUGAACAAUUUCUUCAACCUUUGGAACAGGAACUAAAUGAAAUGAAUUAUGGGCAUCCAGAUGAGAGUGAUGCACUUGAAUUGGAAGAUAUGUUUAAUAAUCGAUACCAAAUCACUUGUAUGCUUUGUUGUCGUGCAAUAUUGGUAUUUGGACAUCAACAAGAAUCCACAAUCAUUAAGUGUUCGAAUUGUGGAUUCACAUUGAUAUCUCGACUAACAUUCAGCGAAGAGCAAUUAUUUGAUCGAAUUGAUGACCUAUUGAACCAACAUGAUUAUGGUUCAAAUACGGCUGAAAAAUAUUAUCGAUGUAUUGAAAAAAUAAAAUUUUCACCUAUUGCUGCCGAAACGGAUAAUUCGUGUCAAAAUAUUCAACUAAAAUGCAAUUCUUGCGAUUUUGAUGCAUUAUUGUUAUGAUGAUCAACAUUAUCCAAAUCAACGAUAAUCAGAGACUAAUCCAUAAAUUGGCUAAUUAAUUCAGGCAUUGUAUUCGAUAAAUAAUUACAAAAACACCACCAAAUUAAGAUAUACGUUAUUAAAUUUGUUAAACAAAUUA